AAACAAAUUCCAUUGGUUGCUGUAUUUCAUAAACGUCAAUUAUAUGAUGGAUUACGUGCUAUAAAUACUUAACUCCAGAAUCAACUUUUACCCACACCUGCUAGCUAACUAUUGUUUCUCAACGUACAUACAUAUAGCUCCUAGAGUCUAGAGUACUAUUUCCCUUGUGAAAAUGGGAUCACGAUACGAAGUUGAAGUACAGAUAACUUCAGCCAACGAUUUGAAGAACGUCACCUGGCGUUAUGGUCCCCUGAAGCCGUACGCAGUUGUUUGGGUUGAUCCCAACGCUAAAUGCUCUACUAAAGUCGACGAUGACGGCGAUACAUCUCCUUACUGGAAUGAAAAACUCGUCGUCCCGUUGAAUUCUUCGAUCGACGAUUCCACCUUGUACGUCGACAUCGUUCAUGCGAACGCUGUCGAGGACACUAAGCCUCUCAUCGGAUCUGCUAAGCUUCCUCUUAGCAAAGUCAUCGAUGAUGUUGGCAUAGGUGGUGAGCUGGAGUGUACGCUCCAGCUCAAACGCCCUUCUGGUCGGCCUCAGGGAAAGGUACAAGUGGAGGUUAGCGUACGAGAGCCACGCUAUCGUGCACCGGAUGCGUAUUAUGCACCUCCGUACGGUGUCCCGCCCCCGUCGCAACCUUACGGCAGGGACUAUGGUGCUCCGUACACUGCACCUCCGUCUGGUUAUCCUUACAGCGCCACAACUCCUCCUUACGGGCAGCCGGUAUAUGGGGAGGGAAGCUACGGGCAGCCAUCUGGCGGGUACGGUUACGAAGAGGAGAAAAAGAAGAGCAAGUUUGGGGGGAUGGGGACAGGAUUGGCUGUGGGUGCAGUAGCAGGGGUAUUGGGUGGAGUGGCGUUGGUGGAAGGCGUCGACCUCUUGGAGGACAAAAUCGCCGAUGACGUGGCGGAGAAGGUGGAGGAUGAUCUCGCCGACGACGAUGGUGACUACGGUGGAGAUGACUUUUAGGAAAUGUUCUGAACUCUUUUGGCUAUUUUUCAAUUUGCUAAUAUUACAAGAGUAUUUUUGACUCUAUAAUAGUACAUUCUGAUAAUGAGGGAAAAAGCAACAAAGGAGAAGGGAAUUCCAUAGUUUAACCACACACGAUUUAUUCAAAGGAGGGAUUUUGGUUAACUAUUCGAUUAACCAAAGGUUAACAAUUUAUUCAAACACACGAUGUUUUGAAACAAAAUGGUUAUCUACCUAAAAGUAUUUGGUCGUAUAGGUGGUGAAUUCCAUAGUUUAGUAUCUACUCGCACAGAAGACAAUAUAUAUGCAUAAAAUCAAUGGUAUACUCAAAAUUAUUAAGUCACAUAUGCUUAUUUACCUUU